AUGGCCRCCACAAUGACGCUGAGACAGUCUUUGAGUCUCUUCGCUUUUGUUGUCGGCACAUUACACGCCGCUGAGAUCUGCUUCGAUGAGCUGGGCUGCUUCAGUGACCUUCCACCUUGGGGAGGCACGCCUCAGAGACCAGUGGGGGCUUUGCCGUGGCACCCUGAGGAGAUCGGUACCCGCUUCCUCCUCUUUACCCAGCAGAACCGCUACUACCAGGAGAUCAACGCUAAUGAAACCAUUGAUGCGUCCAACUAUGGUGGGAAGAGGAAGACUCGCUUUGUCGUUCCUGGGUAUUUGGACAAACAAGAUGAAGACUGGUCACAGAGCAUGUGUAAGGCUAUGGUGCAGAAGGAGAACGUGAACUGCGUUGUAGCUGAGUGGAAAAAAGGAGCGAAGACUCRUUACACUCAGGCAGCCAAUAACGCCAGGGUGGUCGCUGCCCAGGUGGCAUCCAUGAUCACAUUCCUCAUGGACCACUUCACACAGACCACUGAUAAGUUCCACAUUAUCGGGCACAGCCUGGGCGCUCACAUUGCUGGGGAUGCUGGGAGCAGAAUCCCCGGUCUGGCAAGGAUCUCAGGCCUGGACCCAACUGAACCAUACUUCCAAGGCACCGAUGCUUUUAUGCAUCUUGACACCAGUGAUGCAAUUUUUGUUGACGUCAUCCACACAGAUGGACUUCCUUUUGACCCCAAACUUGGUUUGGGAAUGACAGAGUCUGUGGGUCACAUUGAUUUUUACCCAAACGGAGGAGAACUGAUGCCCGGCUGCUCGGCCAACAAAGGAAAUCCAUCUGACCUCGACUCCAUCUGGGAGGGAUCCAAAAAAUUUGAUGCAUGCAACCAUGUCAGAGCCUAUGCGUACUACAUUGAAAGCAUCAGUAAACCCCAAGGCUUUGUUGGAUUCUCCUGCUCUGAUAAGGACAGCUUUUCUGCUGGAAAGUGUUUCCCAUGUGCUGAGAGCCGAUGUCCUCUGAUGGGACACUCUGCUGACAGCUUCGAUUUGAGUGAGGGCGUUUUAAAUACAAAGUACUUCCUCAACACUGGCAGGUCAAAGCCAUUUGCCCGCUACAGCUACCAAGCAAAAGUGACCCUGGAUGGUCCCAGCUGGCCCAACCUCGGCUUGAUGUUCGUGGCUCUUGCAGGGAAAAAAGAAACCACCAAAGAGUUCCAGCUGCAUGUGGGUACGCUGAUUUCUGGGAGAGUGUAUGAUCUGAUGAUUGAUGCUGAGGUGGAUGUGGGCGAAGUGAUGGAGGUGAAGUUCAGGUGGAACAACCACAUCAUCAAUCCACUGAAUCCUAAAUACGGUGCAUCGAAGGUGGAGCUGCAGAGAGGAAAAGACAAACAAAUAACCCUGUUCUGCGGACGAGAAAACGUGGCUGAGAACAAGAUCCAGUCUGUGCUCCCGUGUGACGUUUAAGCGGCCAGAGUCAACACACCCUUCUGGAUAUUUCAGUAAAGAUUUUGUGUCAAAUCU